UGUGACUUGGAGCUUCAUGCGAAUAGAAACCUCUUAUUUUUUAACAUUCUUAUUUUUUUUUUUUACAUUUUGUUCCAUUUUUUCCCCCUUUCUCCCCCUUUGUCUAUAUGAAUAAAUUAAAACCUGUUCAGCUGUCUUCAUUACGUUAUUUAAGAACGAAAAUAAACACAUCCUUACCCUUAUCUGCGCAGUACACCAGUAAAAAGAUGCCUAUACCGUAUUUCGAUGCUGAUCGAUUCGUUGCGUUAUUACAAAAAGAAGGGUUUUCACAUGCUCAAGCCAAAACAGUGGUUCUGGCCCUUGAUGAUGUCGUGGAAGAAAGCAAACGCAAUGUGACGAAUGAUCUUGUCAGCAAACACGAUCAAGAAAUGACGAUUGCACAAUAUAAAGAAGAUUUCAGUAAGCUCAAACAAGAGAUUCAGACGCUCGAACGACGUGACGUCGAAGAAGUGAAAACAGCCAACGAGCGACUGAAGGAUGAUAUUGAGAAGCUGAAAAAGACGUUACGAGAGGAAAUUGUACGGAGUCAAGCAGGGGUGCGACUUGACCUGAAUCUGGAUAAGGGAAGAGUUCGUGAUGAAAACACUGAACAGUACAACCGUUUACAGCAAAUUGAUGAAAAAAUAGAAAACGAAGUGCAAGCAUUAAAGGGGCAAAUGGAAGCCUACAUGCACUUUUUCAACUAAAUUACGUUACUGUUCACCAAGACCCCAAGCACAGUGACAGGCAGAAAGGAAGAGUGUUGUUGUCCUCAAUAGACAUGUAUCAAAAUACCUACAUCAUCUUGUUU